AUGCUACCAGUAUUUCUACAACCUUCAGCUGACUACGUUCCCAGUGAUCUCCAGUCAUCGUAUUCAGACCCUCCACUUCAAAGAAAGCACUUCAACUCAGAUACGUUAAAUGAUAGAAACUGUGUAUCUGAAUACGCUGCACCUACUGGGAAGACCAAGAUUCAUAAUAGACAAGGAUCCGAAUCCUCUACAGGUUCAAACACCUCGUCCUCUUCAACAUUGACACCUUCCAGUGCGGUGAGCAGAGAUAAGAGGUUUGUGAGGUACGCCAUGUCAACGCAAACAAAGACCAGUCAAGGUAACAGUUCUAAGAAGUGGAACAUGGAAAAUGUGAUGCGGUGGUUAGACAACCACCGCUUCAAUGAUACUUGGAAGGAGACAUUUCGGCGUAACGAGAUCUCAGGAAACCGUUUUCUUGAGUUGUGUAAUUAUGAAGUGGACUCGAUCAUCUGGAAGCAGUUCAGUAAGUAUUUGUUCUUAGACAGUGAUCUCAACUCGAUUGAAAGAUUCAUAUACUUGUUACGUGAUGAGGUGGCCGUCCCCGAACAGGACGAAAAUAUUGGAGACCUGACGUUGAUUAGAAGCUCUUCUCCCACUUACCUAACUGCCUCAACUAUGUUGGAAAAUAGAAAGUCCUCCCAAGGGUUCAUCAAACACACCCCUUCGAAUUCGAAUGCUUCCAAUAAUUCUUCAGCUUCUUUAACCCCAGCAGUCAAACAGAGACCUUUCUCUUAUAUCGAUCCCAGCUCUUACAAGGCAUCUACCAAGGACUCAACCUCAAAUAAGUUCUUCAGAAAGCACUUGCGGCAUGGUAGUAAUGAGACAGAGUCAAUUAAGGAUACCGCAGCUUCGAGAAAGUCGUACUAUCCUGGUAUGAGUUUGAGUCCUGAUGAAGUUGUCGCCCCUAAUACUGCCAGUCACCGUAAAAGUGGGAUUUUCAGCACAUUUAGAAAAUAUGGUGGAGAUAAAGCAGCUGGUAUUGUCAAACAAGUACUGGCUUCUUCAACAAAAUCAACAAAUAGACUAAGCAAGUACGAGAAUAGCUCUCCUGUCAGCCCCAUAACAACUGAAAGUUUCAAAGAGUCUCGUUAUAUCAAUAUGGGAAACCCAAUCAGAUCUUCUACUCCCCAGUCGACUGAAAUGGUCUCCAGUGUUGAACCCAGUAUCAAACUGGUAAGCCUUCAUAAGGAUUUCGAUGAAUCUUAUUUUCCAAGACCUAAGGAUGAGUUCAAACCUGAAAAAUUCCAGAUAUUUGUCACUAAAGAUAACAAGACCUUCGUGCUAAUGGAUUUGGUAAAGGAACAAGUAGACAAUCCUGAAACAGUCAAGAACUUGAUAAUCAAAGAAUUGGACUUAGUGAAUAUAGGAACAAUAACUUUCCACCUCACAGAUAUUGAUUGUGAAGAGGGUGAGGCUUUACCUGACGAUUUGUUGUUGAAGUCUUUUGACAUUGUAUCUGCUAAAAUUUUGGUACGGCAAGAGCUUUCUUCACCCGCUGGUGUGAAUACAUACUCUACCAACUCUUCUGACUCAAAAAGUUUUGAAGUUAGAGGUGACAGUACAAACGAAAAGUUUUACCCUGCAACACCACAAUAUAUGCUUCAAGGUGGUGGUCCGGUUGGUGAUAAAGUUGAUUACCUCAAUUUUAAGGAAAAUGCUGUUGAAAAGCUUUCUUUGAUCAAGGAAAUUGGUCAGUUUCCUUUCUUACCCCCAACCGAAAGCAAGAAAGCACCCUCUAAUCAAAAUCUUGCACCACCUUCUAACUAUAACCCUUCUCAACUACCACAAUUAAAAUUGUCGUUACCACCCAAACAGAAAGGUCCUAAACAGAAGCCAAAGGUCCCUACACUUCAAAUCAAUACAGGAACCUCAAAUCUGGCUACCAACACAAUCUCUUCUCCGUCUGCUUCAUUGAAUGACACCAAUUCCUUUAGGGUUCUCAGAAAUGAUGGAAAUGAAAUUGAUUUUGAAAAGCGAAGAAAGUCACCUUUCGAAUCGAAAGCUCCCAAGUUGAUACCCAAUAUUUAUUCAUCUUCAGUGGCAGAUUCAUCUCUGUCUCCCAUAAGUCAAACUACCCUUACCUCAAAGAUUUUGAAGGAUAACCAUUCAGAAAGAUCAGAUAGUAUUGUCGCAAAAAGAGCAGCUCCACCACCUCCUUUGAACCAAAAAAUGAGCUUUACAACAAGCACCGGUUCUAUGAAGCGUACUACUUCUGUUUUAAGACGUGGAUCAAUAAGAAGCUCUAGUAUUCUGGUGCACAGCUCCACAUCUCUGAGACGGAAAUUUGAAACAAAGAGCCAUAAUGAAGAUUCAUUCAAAGAGAAUAAAAUAGUGUUCGAUACAGCCCCUCGUGUGAAUUAUACUAAUGAAUCAGAAGACGAGUUCUUUGUGAAACCUUUGAAAUUAGAAAAGCCAGCGGAUAUCUCUGAUGAUGACGAUUUCUUCAUGAAGCCUUUAAAGAGUGGCAGUAAGAACAUGCUGCCAGAUGUGACAGAGGAUUCUAACAGUAUUAACGAUGAAAAAUCACCAAUAGAUCACGGCCAAGCUAAUUCUAGGUAUGGUCUAACAGGGAAUAUGGUUGUUAGACCACCGGUGGAGGAGCUUUACAAUAAUCUUGAAAGAUAUUUCCCAAACACAAAUCUCGAUAAGCCGAUCAUUGAUGAUUCACCUCUUUCCCCCAGCAAUAUAGCACAUGGGGAACCCCAGUUCACAUCUGAUACUGGAGAGGUCAACUAUAAAGAACCUAAUUAUCAAGAAAACAAAGCUUUUGCCAGAGCGCCGUCUAUCUCCAGAACUUUUUCCAGUGCCAACAUAUCACCUGUUAACCUAGCAUCUACGGAUUCUGGUGAUGAAGUAUUCUAUGGCGAAAAUCAAGCUCCUAAGUUGAGUAGAAGAAGAAUGAAGACAAUUAGAGUGGUUGCAAAUGAAGCAAGAAGAAGGAGACUUGAAAGCAGGUUCAAUAGGUUAUCUAGUGGAAACAAUAGUUUGAGUACUGAACCUCCAGCGGCUGGUUUGAGAAGAACGAAUACCAAAAUGUGGGGUCAAAAGGUGAUUGAAGUCACUUCGAAGGAGAUCGAAAAGGGUUUUGUCAGUAAACUAAGAAACAACAAAAAUGGGCAAUAUGAAGAGUUUGCAUGGAUCAAGGGUGAGUUAAUUGGAAGAGGUUCGUUUGGAUCUGUGUAUAUUGCUUUGAAUGUUACAACUGGAGAGAUGAUUGCUGUUAAACAAGUGGUUGUGCCUCCUACCUUCAAUGCCAGAACAAAAGCAAAAGCAGAUGAAGGUCUUGAUGCGUUACACAAAGAAGUGGAAACCAUGAAAGAUUUUGACCAUGUUAAUAUUGUCCAGUACUUAGGAUUCGAGCAAAAGAAAGGUACUUACAGUUUAUUCCUUGAGUAUGUGGGAGGUGGAUCUAUUUCUUCGUGUAUGAAAAGCUACGGUGCUUUUGAAGAACCAUUGGUGAGGUUCAUCACUCGCCAAGUUCUAUUAGGCUUAGAGUAUUUGCACUCUAAUGGUAUUCUUCAUCGUGACUUAAAAGCUGAUAACUUAUUAUUGGAUAUUGACGGAACUUGCAAGAUAUCUGAUUUUGGAAUCAGUAAACGUUCGAAGGACAUUUAUGUCAAUAAUGCUGAGAUGUCGAUGCAAGGAACUGUGUUCUGGAUGGCUCCUGAAGUUAUUGACAGUAUUGUGGAGGACAAGAAACAAGGUUAUAGUGCCAAAAUCGAUAUCUGGUCUUUGGGAUGCGUUGUGUUGGAAAUGUUUGCUGGAAAGAGACCCUGGUCCAAUGAAGCUGUCAUCAGUGCCAUUUAUAAGAUUGGUAAGACCAAAUUAGCCCCUCCAAUUCCAGAAGACAUCAAAAACAGUAUUUCUGAUGAAGGUAAAGAUUUUAUCAAACAGUGUUGUACCAUAGAUCCUGAAAGAAGACCAACUGCUACUCAAUUAUUGAAUCAUCCGUUUAUAAGAGAAAAUCAAGGUUUCAAGUUUUCAGAUACGAAAGUAGCACAAAUGAUCAAGUACAACACCAAGAAGAAGAUCACCAAGAGUUGA